CAGGAUCAUCAAAUGCUCAUAAAACCCUAGAGAGAGGACGAGGAGGAGGAGGAGGAAGAUAAAGGUGGAGAGAGAAAGAGUGUGUAUGUAUAGGGGGAGUUGGAUUAUUUUAUUGGUGGUUUGUGGGGGUGAAAAAGAAAGCAUUGCCGGGAAAGAUGGGAAAGAAGAGUGAAAUGGUGGCGUUGUUGGGUUUGUUGAAGAAGGGGGGCAAGAACAGCGAGAAGAGAUUAGGGUUCUUGUGUAUGGAGAUUCGAGCUACCAGUUCCAACCACGGAACCUUCUCCGUACUCUUCCUUUUCCUCCUUUUCAUUCUCAUCCUCUUCGUUCUUUGAAUCUCUCUCUCACACUCACAGAACACUCUUCCUCUCUCUCUCUCUCUCUCUCUCUCAUCUCUCUAUAAGUGUAAUCUCGUCUUCUUUUCUCUUUCAGUUGAUCGAGGGGUGUUUCGGGGACCUUUUUUGGUAUUUGUUGUGGGUAGGGCUUCGUUUUUGGUGUUACAUAGAUUGAACUGUUUGAUUUAGAGGAUCUUAUCUGGAAUUUCAUCCGAUUCUUGGUGGUUCUCUUUGGGGGGUGCCAAGUUCUGGAUCUUGGGUCUCUAAUGCUCGCGUCGAUAUUGAGAUCUGAGCUUGAUGAUUCCGGGAUUGGUUAGUUGGGCUUAGGGUUCAAUUCCUGUUGUAGCCAAAGAAAGAAAAAAAGGAAAAGAAAUAUAGGAUUAUUGUUGCUGCUGUUGUUGUUUUGAUUUGUUGUGGUUGGUGUAUGUAUAAUCCAUUUCCUGUCAAUUUAAUUAUAACUAUCCGUUCCCUCCUUCGAGAUAUUAGCAAUUCCAGGAGGAAUUUAGUCAUUUGCUCCCUUUAUUGUUCUUCGCCCAAAAUAGAAAAAAAAAAAAAAAAAAAAGGUGAUCCAAGCCCACUUUUUUUCAUGUGGGUUUUCAUAAAAUUCACUUCAGUUGAUCUGGGUUGUUUUUGAUACCAAAGAAUCAGAUAAGUUCAAUCUACUUGUAGGUCUUAUUAUUUUGACUUUAGACUAUAAGAAGAGAAGAGUUGUACAGUUUCCGUCUUGAGGAGCUGGUGGAUAUACGUGUUGGGUCUUUGCUUUCUAUGGGAAUACCUGAUAGGUCACUACCAGAUUUGAUAGAGAAAUUUAGGUCUUGGAUUUCCUGGGGAACAAGUGAUCUGGCUUCUUUUCCCUGUGAAUUUGAGAUGCCCGAUAACCAUCUCAAAAUGUGUUACGAGUGCGAACUGAGCUUCACGGACACUUUGCUUGGGUAUGAUUGUAGAAGCUGCGGCAGGAUGCUGUGUGCAAAUUGUGUGCAGGGCUAUGGUUCUUUGUAUGUGAUGUCAGGGGACAGAAACAGCAGAGUGGUUGAUAUCGAGGCUUGUAAGUUUUGUUCUGAGAUCAGUACAAGGAAUGAAGGGCCAAGAAGGUAUAGUGACAAGAUCUAUCCUGCGGACUCUCCCCGACAUAGCCCUGAACCUCCUUCACCGUGCUGCAGUGGUGAAAGACUGGAUGGUUAUUCGUUGCAUGAUGUGAAUCGAUGUAGUAGUACUUCAUUAACUGGCUAUCCAGCUCCGGUCUCUGUCCUUUGCUCUCUAAGCAGGAGUGAUGAAGAAGAGACUGAGGAUUCUGCAAGGACCAUUUUCAGCCCAUCAAGUGAAUACGGUAAUGACACUUUGGAUAUAGAUUCAAGUAGCAUUAGCACUAGACAGGAGUUUUACUGCUUUAAGUCAGUUGGAUCUAGUCCUUCUGACAGCCCCUCUAGGAUUCAUAUUACUUCCAAAAGAGUUGGGCAUUCUGUACAGAAGGAGCAAGGGGAAACCCCAAGGCAUCAGAAUGAUGGUCCCUUUGAUCAAGUCUCAAUUGCUGUUUUAAGAAGGCCAGAGAGAGGGAUUGAGGAUCCAGAAAAUUCUGAUGAUUGUACUGAUGAUUUGUCUAUAUUCCGGGGCCAAUGUGAGACAAUGCAAAAACCAUUGGAUUUUGAACAAAAUGGUCUACUGUGGUUUCCUCCACCACCUGAAGAUGAAGAUGAUGAGGCUGAAAGCAAUUUCUUUGCAUAUGAUGACGAAGAUGAUGAGAUUGGAGAUUCAGGUGUGGUUUUUUCAUCCAGUAGUAGCCUUGCUAGUUCUUUUCCAGCAAAGGAGAAGCAUAAUGAAGGGCAGAAAGAACCUCUAAAAGCUGUGGUGCAGGGGCACUUUCGGGCCCUUGUGUCGCAGCUUUUACAAGGGGAAGGUAUCACGUUGGACAAGGAAACUAGCACGGAUGACUGGCUGGAUAUUGUUACAACAAUAGCAUGGCAGGCAGCUAAUUUUGUUAGACCUGAUACUAGCAGAGGAGGCAGUAUGGAUCCCGGUGAUUAUGUAAAGGUUAAGUGUAUAGCAUCAGGAAGUCCUAGAGAGAGCACACUUGUUAGAGGAGUAGUCUGUACAAAGAAUAUUAAGCACAAGCGCAUGACUUCACAAUAUAAAAACCCUAGAUUACUUCUUUUAGGAGGAGCACUUGAGUACCAGAGAGUCCCUAAUCAGUUGUCAUCUUUUGAUACCUUACUUCAACAGGAAAUUGAUCAUCUGAAGAUGAUUGUGUCAAGGAUAGAGGCGCACCGCCCAAAUGUGCUGCUUGUAGAAAAAAGCGUAUCUUCAUAUGCCCAAGAGUAUCUGCUGGAAAAGGAGAUCUCUUUAGUGUUGAAUGUUAAAAGGCCAUUAUUGGAACGCAUAGCCAGGUGUACUGGUGCGGUCAUAACCCCGUCAAUCGAUAAUAUAUCUAAAGCACAAUUGGGACAAUGUGAACUCUUCCGUCUGGAAAGAGUUUCUGAAGAACUUGAGAAAGCCAACCAAUUCAAUAAGAGGCCCUCAAAAACAUUGAUGUUUUUUGAAGGCUGCCCCAGACGGUUAGGUUGCACGGUAUUGCUGAGGGGCUCAUGUCGUGAGGAACUGAAGAAGGUCAAACAUGUUGUUCAGUAUGCAGUUUUUGCAGCCUAUCAUUUAUCACUGGAAACUUCUUUUCUUGCUGAUGAGGGUGCUAGUCUUCCUAAAUUGAGAAUGACGCCUUCUUUAGCCACGCCGGAGAGAGCAGCUGAUAAUGCCAUUCCACUUGUACCAAAUGCUGUUUCUUCUAUUAACGACAAAGAAAUAGAUGAUGACCAAGAAAUUAAUGAAGUAUCUGCAUCUUGCAGUUUGGACAUUAGAGCUCAAGAACUAUCAUCUGAGCAUCUUAAUCCUUCUUGUGGUUCUUUUCCUACUUGUAGGCCUGGAUCUGUAUCCUUUGAUGCAUGCAAUGAUAAUUUAGCAUCUAAUAUGCCCCUUGAGGAUAUAAAGGACACCCGUGAGUUUUCUUCUGAGAUUAGAUCUCAUACCAAGCAGGAAUUGUUGGAAACCACUGGCCAAGAGGAGAGGAAAUCAAGGGAAGUUUAUGAACUGAAAGGGCCUGAAAGAGUUGAUGAAAAUGAUGCCUCGAGUGAAUAUUAUUCAGCAACGGAUGGUCAUCAGAGCAUACUGGUAUCCUUUUCUAGCCGGUGUGUGCUAAAUGGAAAUGUAUGUGAACGCUCUCGACUCCUCCGCAUCAAGUUUUAUGGAUCUUUUGAUAAGCCGUUAGGAAGAUAUCUUCGAGAUGAUCUCUUUAAUCAGAAAUCUAUCUGUCAAUCUUGUAAAGAGACAGUUGAAGCCCAUGUUCUUUGCUAUACACACCAGCAGGGAAAUCUUACUAUAAAUGUUAGGCGUCUUCCCUCCAUGAAGCUACCUGGGGAGCGUGAUGGAAGGAUAUGGAUGUGGCACCGAUGCCUUAAGUGUGCACAGAUUGGUGGAGUUCCACCAGUCACUCGGAGAGUGGUCAUGUCAGAUGCUGCUUGGGGACUUUCCUUUGGGAAGUUUUUGGAACUUAGUUUUUCAAACCAUGCAACUGCUAAUCGUGUUGCAAGCUGUGGGCAUUCUCUGCAGAAGGACUGUCUCCGUUAUUAUGGGUUUGGGGAUAUGGUUGCAUUCUUCCAGUAUUCCCCAAUUGAAAUUCUCUCUGUCCAUUUGCCCCUAUCAGUGCUCGAGUUCAAUGGCCAUGUACAGCAGGAUUGGAUAAGAAAAGAGGCUGAAGAGCUUCUGAGUAAAACUGAAGCUGUGUAUGCAGAGUUAUCAGUUGUACUGGACAGCUUUGAACAGAAAAGCAGGUCCUUGGGACAUGAAAAGCCUGAUGCAGGGGACUUACAUGACCAGAUCAUGGAGUUAAAGGACUUGCUUAUAAAAGAGAGUAGUGAUUACAAGGAUUUGCUUCAACCAUCUCAUGAAGAGACUUCACCACUGGACCAGACAUCAGUAGACAUUCUUGAGCUUAAUCGCUUGAGACGUUCCCUUGUAAUUGGGUCACAUGUUUGGGAUCGCCGUCUCUAUUCCUUGGAUUCCCUUCUCAAGACAAGUGAGUUUACUUCCAAUGUCACCCUAGAUGCUACAUCUCAUAUUGAGCUGAAAGCUCCAAGAUCUCAGGACAUCAGUCUUAAUUGUGGUCAUGAAGAAAAUGUGUCAGAGUCUUCAAAACUACAAGUUUUGCCCAAGAAUACUACACAAUCAAAGCAGAAAGAUGAGCCUAACUUGUCCCCAUCUGAGCCCAUUGUUCCCGAGGACUCCAUACCAACAUCGUGCCAGCAUUACAAACAAGAAGACCUACAGUUGGAUGGAGAAAUUUCAGGUGUUAAAACAUCCUUAGAUUGUGCCCCCUUGCCUGCAUCCAAUCUGUCGGAUAAGAUAGAUUCUGCAUGGACUGGUACUGAUCAAUUUCAAUUGGAAGCUCAGUUUCUUAAUAUUCUGCAGACAGAUGGACGUCAGGUUGGUUCUGUUAGGCAUGCAGGCCAAACAGAUAAUCCAUCCUUCAGGAGGCUGGUGUCACCAGCCAGAGUUUAUUCUUUUGAUUCUGCAUUGAGACUUCAAGAAAGAAUUAGGAAAGGAUUGCCCCCCUCCUCACUGCAUUUGUCAGCAGUUAGAUCUUUCCAUGCUUCUGGAGAAUACAGGAGUAUGGUUCGGGAUCCAGUUUCUAAUGUGCACAGGACUAACUCUCAAAUUUCGCCAAAGGAGGCCCAGAAAUUUAAUCUCUUAGUGAAUUCCACACCAUCUUUUAUCUUGCCUGCAGGGGCACGGUUACUGCUUCCACAUACUGGCCAAAGUAAUUUGGUUAUUGCUGUUUAUGAUAAUGAACCUACUAGCAUAAUAUCUUACGCCCUCAGUUCCAAGGAAUAUGAGGAGUGGAUUGCUGAUAGGCCUAAUAUGCAUGAAAGAAGCUGGACGAUUGACAUCAAUAGAGUAAAUUCUGCAGCUCCCACAUUUUCAGCCUGGCCAUCUUCUGGUUCACUGGACUUGGAUCAUGCCAACUAUGGAGGUUAUGGAUCUGAAGAUGCUUCAUCCACUAUCAGUGCUCUGUUUACAGAACCUAAGAAUUCUCCUCAUCUUAAAAUUUCUUUUGAAGAUGAUUCUUCAAAUGCUGCAGGCAAGGUGAAGUUUUCUGUUACCUGUUAUUUUGCAAAGCAGUUUGAUGCUCUUAGGAAGAAAUGGUGCCCAAAUGAAGUGGAUUUCGUACGUUCCUUGAGCCGCUGCAAGAGAUGGAGCGCACAAGGUGGAAAGAGCAAUGUGUACUUUGCGAAAUCUUUGGAUGAAAGGUUCAUUAUAAAACAAGUCCAGAAAACUGAAUUGGAAUCGUUUGAGGAAUUUGCACCAGAGUACUUUAAGUAUUUGACAGAUUCCUUUAGCACGGGAAGUCCAACAUGCCUUGCUAAAGUGCUUGGAAUUUAUCAGGUUACUGUCAAGCACUUGAAAGGUGGCAGGGAAAUUAAAAUGGAACUGAUGGUGAUGGAGAAUCUCUUUUUCAAAAGAAGUAUCUCAAGGGUCUAUGAUCUGAAGGGUUCUGCAAGAUCUCGAUAUAAUGCAGAUACAACAGGGAGGAACAAUGUACUGCUAGAUAUGAAUCUUUUAGAGACACUGCGUACAAAACCCAUAUUCCUCGGAAGGAAGGCAAAGAGAAGUCUAGAGCGUGCUGUUUGGAAUGACUCAUCUUUCCUAGCGUCGGUUGACGUAAUGGAUUAUUCGUUGCUGGUCGGGGUGGAUGAUGAGCGGAAGGAGCUGGUGAUCGGGAUAAUUGAUUUCAUGAGACAAUACACUUGGGACAAGCAUUUGGAGACGUGGGUGAAGACAUCUGGCAUACUACUAGGCGGGCCAAAGAACGCUUCUCCCACCAUCAUCUCUCCGAAUCUAUACAAGAGAAGGUUCCGAAAGGCCAUGACCACCUAUUUUCUCACGGUCCCGGAUCAAUGGUCGUCAUGAAUGAAGUGGCUGUGGUUGGUACCAUUAUUCCAUUCUUUUACGUCGCAACAAGCACGCGUUGUUGCGAAUAAGGAUAAGGAAAGUGAAAAUUGUUGGAGGGGGGAAACCCUGCCCUUCCUUCUCAUAGAUGGGAUUUUUUUUUUUUUUUUUGGUUUUGGGGGGGUUGUUGGUUGUAGAUGGGGGCAGAAUUGGCCCUCAGAAAAAAAAAAAAGGUAAUGUAAAUGAGGCAGCAGAAAACAUAUUUUGGCUACGGGAGAUGAAAAUUCUUUUGUAGUUUGGUGUUAUAAUUGUAUGCAUACAUGCAUGCCAUCUACGUUGGCUUUGUUUUUCAAGAUCAAAGUUCCUUCACGUGUCACGCUCAGCCUCUUUUGGGGUGGCUUUACCCCCCUUGUUAUAGAUGAUCAAUGUUACCAUGCAAUUAAAAAUCAGCAUUAUCAUCGAGACUUGCAA